AUGGAAACAAUACAACGUUUGGCCCGUUCACUUCGGAGUGCCAGGACCGUGGAUCUCCCAGAAGAUUCCACUGCAGCAUCAUUUGUCUUGAUGCCUAUGGUGAUUGCCAAUCAACACAGAUCUGUUGCUGAGUUGCUGGCCAAUUCCAAUUUUGAUGUGAACUUUCCAUUUGGAAGAGCACAGCGUAAUUUACUACACAUAGCUGCAAAUUGUGGUUCCUAUGAAUGCAUGAGUAUUCUGUUAAAGAAGGGAGGUGAUGUCAAUUACCAGGAUAUGUCUGGCUGUACUGCAUUACACCUUGCAGCCAGAAAUGGGCAGAAGAAAUGUAUCGCCAAACUCUUGGAAUACAAAGCUGAUGUCAAUAUCAGAAACAACGAAGGCCUGACUACAAUUCACUGGUUAGCUGUUAAUGGAAGAACUGAAUUGCUUCAUGAUUUACUUCAGCAUGUUACUGAUGUUGAUGUGGAGGAUGGCCAAGGACAGACGGCUUUACAUGUGGCAUGUCAAAAUGGACAUAAAAGUACUGUUGUGUGUUUAAUGGAUAAUGGAGCUGAUGUGAACAGACCUAAUGUAUCUGGAGCCACUCCACUCUUCUUUGCAUGCAGCCACGGUCAGCGAGAUACUGCUCAAAUCCUAUUGUCCAGGAAUGCUAAGUUUCUUCCAGACAAUAAUGGUAUUACUCCAUUGGAUAUAUGUGUACAGGGUGGAUACAGUGAGACAUGUGAAAUUCUUCUACAAUUCAUUCCAAGGUUAUUUGAUGCUGUUAUCCAGAUGGCUGUCAAUGAAAAAGUUAGAGAACUCACCCUUUCAAAAGUUUUGGAAUACCUUUGUCGUGCCAGUCAAGCGCAGCAUCAAAGAAUUAUGGUUAGCCUAGGGGAACUAGCCACCUCAGCUGGACAUAAACUUCUUAGUGUCUCUAGUAACUUCAGUACUCAAGUGAAUAGUUUUUUACGCUGCGUUCGGCUUUUGUGUAAACUGUACAAAAUGGGAAGCUUAGUGGAUUCAACGUCAGCCAAUCAAAUAUCAACUUACAUGACGCCAAAAAUGAAUAAUUCAUCUUCUCCAUUUAAGCCGCUUGAGUUGCUGUGGAAUUCAUUAGAAGAGUGGCUUUUUUUGAUUGGUUCUGAGCUGAAAAGAGCCGAACAUGCGAAAGCACAGGCAUCGGAAGUAGCAAAAACUGUUGUUGAUAACGCUUUAGAAGCAGCGCUUGACAAAUUAGCCAUUGAGAAGGAAGUGCGUGCUCAAUCACUGAUCAGAGGAACUCCACGAAAAGUCAAAGCCGACACAAGUGAUGUUGACACUGGUGAAGAUGUGUCAAUGUCAGCUGGGCAUUUUGAAGGAAAUUUACAACGUCUGCAAUCACACAAUGAAGAAGAAGAAGAAAAAGCAUCUAACGAGGAACCACUAUGUGGGGAUGUUACAGUGAGAGAGGGAAAUGACACUAAAACUGUGGAAGAACUGUUUGCAGCAAACCUAAUUGUGAGAGCUACAGAUGAUGUCUUCAUUCCCACACUUGGCUUGAAACCUGUCCCAAGAGAGGAAGAUAUCUUACGCACAGUGUCAAAGGAAGUCAGGCGGCGAGCUUCCGAGCAGGAUGGUAUCUUUGGAGACAUCGCCAUGUUGGCAUCUGACGAUGCAUCUGUCUCCGAUAUCAGGAAUAAUUUAUUAACCGAGAGCGAUAAACAAAAUGAUAACAUGCAUAGUGCUCAUGACAUGGUGUCUGCUACAGCUGAUAGACUAUGUGCAGUAACCCAGGCAUUCUAUAUGUGCUGCUCCUGCCAAUCGAAAGACAGAAUGACAUCACCAAGAUUUAUUGAGUUUGUCUGUCGACAUGACGAUGUUUUAAAAUUUCUAGUUACAAGGAAUCCUACAAUUAUUUUUGAUUAUUUUGAUUUUUUAUUGGAGUGCCCAGAGUUGAUGUCUAGGUUCAUGCAUAUAAUUAAAUCACAGCCCUUCCAUCUGAGAAGAGAAUGGUUUUAUGAUAACUUACUUCCUUUAGAAGAAGAAACAUACGUACACAGACCUCCUGUAGAUGAUGAUGUUUUACUCGUACACAGAGAUUCUCUCUUCAAUAGUAGUUGUGAAGUAGUUAAAAAAGCCAGUUCAGAAAAAUUAAAACAGGGUAUUGCCGUCAGAUUCUCUGGUGAAGAUGGCAUGGGUCAAGGUGUUGUCAGAGAGUGGUUUGAUACUCUCUCAAAAGAAAUACUCAAUCCUGAUUAUGCUCUAUUUACACAGUCUGCUGAUGGUUCUACAUUUCAGCCAAAUAGUAAUUCUUCAAUAAAUCCAGAUCAUCUGAAUUAUUUUUGUUUUGCUGGUCAGUUGAUGGGCAUGGCACUGUAUCAUAAGCAUUUGCUGUCUGUCUAUUUCACUAGAUCUUUUUAUAAACAUAUUUUGGGUAUUCCUGUAAAUUAUCAUGAUGUUGCAUCUAUUGAUCCUGAAUAUGCUAAAAACUUACAGUGGAUAUUGGACCAUGAUAUCAGUGAUAUUGGUUUAGAAUUGACAUUCUCUGUUGAGACUGAUGUGUUUGGUGCAAUGCAGGAAGUAGAGCUCAAACCAUCGGGUACUACAAUACCAGUAACGAAUGAUAACAAAGCAGAGUAUGUACAGCUUGUAACUGAGUUACGAAUGACGAGAGCAAUACAACCACAGAUUAACAGUUUUCUACGUGGAUUUCAUGAUUUCAUUCCACCAGCAUUAGUGCAGCUAUUCGAUGAGUAUGAAUUGUGGUUUUGGGAAGUUGUGAGAGAAUUCUCUCAAGAGGAACGAGUUUUACUUCUGCAGUUCGUAACAGGAAGUUCCCGAGUCCCUCAUGGUGGAUUUGCAUUCUUACCUGGUGGAAGUGGUGUUCAGAAAUUUAACAUUUCAUCCGUUAAAUAUGAGGAAAACUUAUUACCCACUGCUAGUACAUGCAUUAACCUACUAAAACUACCAGAGUAUACCAGUAAAGAAGAUCUGAAAAACAGAGUGUCAGUCGCAUUACAGUGUGGAAGUGUAGGGUAUGGUCUAACCUAGAAAACAGCAAUAUAGUAAAACAGGAGAGGCAAUUCCCCC